AAAGUCUUUGCCGUGUUUUGUUACUUUCGUGUGGCUUCCAAACGAUCAAUUGCUUCCUCGCCGCACUCAUUCAUUGGCUUUUGCUCGGUAAGUUACCAUAGGUUUGAUGAACGGUGUAUCUAGUAGCUUAAGGGCAGCUUUCUCUCACUGUGUAGAGCAAGUGAGGAGCUAUGAUUACCAUCACUACCUGUGCCUCCUUGAGCUCCCGGCUAACAUGCGAAAGGCUGCAUUUGCACUUCGUGCCUUCAAUGUUGAAACUGCCAGAGCCAUGGAUGUAGCUUCUGAUCCCAAGAUUGGUCUCAUUCGCCUUGUUUGGUGGAAAGAAGCCAUUGACAAAAUUUAUGCUAACAAGUUGAUUGAGCACCCGACAGCAGUGGCCCUCUCAUCAGUUGUAUCUGAAAGUAACAUUAGCAAGGCUUGGUUAAAACGGGUGGUUGAUGCUCGGAUCAAUGACGCAAGUAGAGAAGUUACUGACCUACCAGAGACUAUUGAGGAGUUGGAGAAAUAUGCAGAGGAUACUGCAUCAACUCUUCUCUACAUGACUCUUCAAGCUGGUGGUAUCAGGUCAACUGCAGUUGACCAUGCUGCGUCGCAUGUUGGUAAGGCAAGUGGCCUCCUUUUGCUGCUUAAGUCACUGCCAUAUCAUGCUAGCCGCAACCGUCACUUUUCCUACAUACCGGCUGAAGUGGCUGCUAAGCAUGGGCUGCUAGUUAAGGAAGGAGGUCGAUCGGAGAUACACCUGGAUUCUCGAGAGCGCUUAUGCGAUGCAGUUUUCGAAAUGGCAUCAGUAGCCAAUGCCCAUUUGGUGAAAGCCCGUGAAUUAGCCAAUGGUGUGCCAUCCGAAGCACGAAAAACACUUCUACCAGCAGUGCCCGCCCAAGAUCUGUUGGAUUCCCUCAACAACGUGCAGUUUGAUGUAUUCGAUUCAAGGUUAGCAAGAGGGGUUCUGGGUAAACCUCCAUUGUGGUUCCAGAUGAAACUAAAGUGGUAUUCAUGGCGGGGGAAAUACUGAUCAAUUUCUGGCGGC